AAUAAUUCCAAUAGAGUAAUAAGCACUGAGCGGUAUAGUGCCGAUCUCUUUUUAAAUAGGUCAAUAUUGUGAAGUCAGUAUACUUGGCUGAGAUGAAUGCUAAAUAUAGACUGAAAGGGACAGCCUGUUUCAUAGCUGCCUUCAUGGGUCCUGCAGGAGUGGACGGGCUCCGAUGGGUCUAAAAGCAGAGGGGAACAGCAGCACGAGUUUUGUUCUGGUGAUUGGCACUGGCUGAUUUCUUCCAUACUGGCGUAUUACCUGAAUGUGGUUAUGUUACAGAAUGGAGAGGCCUUCUUUGGAAAUUAACCUCCCCAAUACUGAUGAAGAAGGAAAACUUUAUGUUGUUGAUUCCUUAAAUAACCUAAACAAACUAAACGCUUGUCCAGAUGAAUCCCAACAUGCACUAGAUGAGGAGUAUGAGAACACUGGUGGUACUGGAGAAACCACGGCAGGGAAUAACACAAGAAACCAAUGUUUGUUCUUCAUCAUCUUCAUUCUCACUUUGAUCGUCAGUUUGGCACUUGUUUCAUUUGUAAUAUUCUUAAUAAUUCAAACUAGAAACAAGAUGGACCAAAUAUCAAGCAGACUAUUAUCUGAAAAGAAGAACAUAGAGGAGCUUAAGAAAAUGAACAAUAUGAUAUUAAAGUAUCUAAAUCACUCAGGAAUGAAGGAAAAGGGGAGACACCUCUUCACAGAGUCUCCUGAUCUUCAUGAUUUCUUCACCCAUCCCGAGCUGAAAGUCCCUGUGGAAUAAAUCUACUUCAGAAUGAAAUUCAGCAUCACUCUGUUCAUGCACUCGGAUGUUUCCAUAUGAUACACAGGCUACUUAAACAUUCUGAUAUGGUCACAGGAACACUGGAAAGGCUAUCCGAAUGAGGAAUAUUAGAAAAGAAUAUUUGGUCCUGUUUCAUGUAAAUAGAGAUUAUGAAAACUAAGCUCGUAUAAUCCAAAAUAAACAGUGGAUGGUCAACAACUUUCAGGAGAGUUUCAGAUUCUCUGUGCAUUGUUAAUUGCAGGGUUAGGGGCUUAGUUUUACUUUAAAUGUAAAGUAAAUUUAAGUGAAUGAUAACAUGAAAUGGUGAUUUUUAUUCAAAUGAUUCCAGCAUGACCUUGUUCACUUUGGAACGAGUUCUGUUUGCUUCUAUAUUAUUUGUAUUUAAGGAUAACUGCAGAUUUCAUAACUUAUAAAUAAAACCUGUUGUGCCACAG